AUGAAAAAAUAUGACUGGAAAGAAACCAUCAAAGGAAAUCUCUUCAUGCUAAAAAUCUUGGGUUUGUGGCCUGCCGGUGUCACCUACAACCUGGAUUUAUAUUCCACAUACGCUUGCGUUUCCACACUAGUUUUGACAUGUGGUCACAACUUUUUUCAAAUCAUCAACAUUUACUUCAUUUUUCCAGACUUAGCAGCAAUAGCCGAUACGAUUUUCGUAACACUGUCAGAAAUAUUGGCGGCGAUGAAGACAUACCACGUCCUACAAAAUAUGCAAGUGCUUAAAAAACUGAUGCUUGAUAUUAACGAAGACUAUUUCCAACCCAGAAAUUCAGCGCAAAUCAAGAUGAUCGAAUCAAGUUUAAACUUUUGGAAAAAAACUAGCACUAUUUUUUGGAGCAUGGGCAGUGGGGCUGUUUUCUUCUGGGCUGUGUAUCCCAUUCUGGAUGGGUCUGUUAAAGAAAAUCGGCUCCCAUUUCUGGCUUGGUACCCUUACAACACCACAAUUUCACCACUCUACGAAAUCACUUAUGUUUACCAGAUUAUCAGUGUGGCAUUUAUUGCAUCGACUAGUUUGGCAGUUGGCACGUUAAUAGCAGCUUUGAAUGUGUUUAUAGGGGCACAGUGUGAUAUUUUGUGCGAUAAUUUAAAAUAUAGUGUCAAGGGUCGUUCGGUCGUACCUUUCAGCAGCGAAUUUUUCUCUCUUCUGAUGUUCGAAAUUGGAGUUUUAGUGGAGAUUUUCAUGUUUUGUUGGUUUGCUAACGAAGUUGAAAUAAAAAGCGCUAAUAUUCCACUGGCAAUUUUCCAUUCAGAGUGGUUAAAAAUCACUGAUAAUUUUAAACAGGACAUCAGUUUCUUCUUAAUGAGAAGUCAGAAGUCAAUUAAAAUUUCAGCGCUGGGUUUAUUUUAUCUGUCGCUGGAUACAUUUGUGAAAGUCAGUAUUUUACGGACAUCGUGGUCAUAUUUUGCGUUAUUGAACCAAUUUAGUGCCUGA